GGAAGUUCAGAUUAUGCCGCUGAUCUUCUCCUGAGAGAUCCAGAGAGAACAUCCUGCAGGUCUUCAGCUGGAGCUUCUGCUUUAAUCUGCUUUAAGCUAAUUCACUGUUUCUGAACUUUUUAACACUUUCUUUAUUUAUUUACCUUUAUCAUUUUUUUUUUUUCAUUUUUGUUAAAAUGGCAAAUCUUACGGUCGUGAUGAUGGUAAUCUUCUGCGCUUUGGACGGUCUCGUGCGUUUUGUUACCGGGCAGCAGGCGCGCGGGAGGGUGGUUGGCCCCUGGACGCAGAGGAUCCAGUGGCAGAAUAACGGGCAGGUGUACAGCCUGCUGAGCACGGGCGCUGAAUACCACGCACCACUGCGCUCGCGCUCCGAGUCCCGGCUUUACGUAAGCAGCCGCGGCCAAACCGCGCGCCACGUCUCGUCGUCGGGCUCGGGCUCAACCGUGCAGGAGGUGACCUCGGGAACGCACGGGAGGCGCACCGGGCUCGUGACGGCUGAUGUUGCGCCUCUGCGGGGAGGGCUCGUGACUGCCGGUGCACCGGGAGCGCGCGGGACAAAUGGCACGAGCCUUGUACCCGGAGCAGAGUACUCUGGCAUCGGGGUACCGGGGAGAAGGACCACUAAUCCUGGCACGAGCACAAACACGAGCCCCACGGACGCAGAGAGGCAGCAACGGUUUCUCACGAUAACCGAAGAUUCAUCCAGGAGCGAGGAAGACGCCGCGACGCAGGACUCCAUGGUGAGCGACGACCCGCGCAACCCGCUGAAGAUUCACCGGAACGGGGUGCUCUACAACGCCUACCCAGCACCCCCGCUGCCACGCGGCGUCCCGCGCUCCCGCCGCCCUCCCCCCGGCACCGGCUACGGGACGAGAUACUUCCACCAAGGCCUGCCGGACCUUGUUCCGGACCCGUAUUCCAUUCAGGCGGGGUCCUACGUGCAGCGCAUGCAGAUGUACGCGCUCAGGUGCGCAGCGGAGGAGAACUGCCUCGCGCGGUCAGCUUAUAGACCCACAGUGAGGGACAUCGACUACAGGGUUCUCCUCCGCUUCCCACAGAAGGUCCGGAACCUCGGCACCUCAGACUUCCUGCCCAUCAAACCCAGACACCAGUGGGAAUGGCACAGCUGUCACCAGCAUUACCACAGCAUGGAUGCCUUCAGUAACUAUGACCUGCUGGAUGUAGCCACUGGCCGCAAGGUGGCGGAGGGCCACAAAGCCAGCUUCUGUCUGGAGGACACUGGCUGUGACCCAGGCUUCCGCCGACGCUUCGCCUGCACUGCACACACACAGGGGUUGAGUCCUGGCUGCCAUGACACGUACGCUGCCAACAUAGACUGCCAGUGGAUCGAUAUCACAGAUGUCCAACCUGGAAACUACAUACUGAAGGUUUCAGUAAACCCAAAUUACCUGGUUCCUGAAUCUGAUUUCUCCAAUAAUGUGGUACGCUGUGAGGUCUUCUACAGCGGCCAUCACAUCCAGACUAGAAACUGCAGAAUAACUAGGAUGUAAAAUAACUGGAUGGUGUUUUACCUUUAUGUUGUUUUUUUUAUUACUUUUUGAGGCAUGUUUUUCAAAGUUGGAAGUUUCUUACAUCCCCAGCUUUGAAGACUUGAAAUAUUCCAUUUUGGAUGUUGGAAUAAUGUGAGAUAGUAAAUGUACUGUAUCUGUUUUUUAGAUAAAUUUAAAUGAAAUUAUGGCAAAAUAUCUAUUUCACUGGCUUUAUUUUUUGUUAAUGAAAUGUUCGUCAGCGUUUCGCGGUUUUAUAGUACAUUUAUAUAUUAAUUUAAGACGUGUCAAGGAAAUGUGCUUUUUAAUGUCACUGUGUGUUACUGUAUGUGUAUAGCCAAUUAGCUUUUGAUUAAUUAGUAUUUAUUAUACAGUAUAUGAAGAUGUGAGGAUGUGGUAUUCUUUGAAACUGACCAAAGUGUAGUUUUGUACAGUUCUCUACUGAAGCAGUGGUUUGGUGACUCUCUAGUACAGACCACUGGCAGACCAUACAAAGCGACAUGUUCUUCUGAGUUCUAUGAAAUUUUUCACCCAUUUCCCUUUCGUCUCUGUGUAAGAAUGCACGAAGGUGUCCAAGAAAGCCCUUUGAGCCUAUGUGUAGUCAGACCGCAUGCACUGUCCGGAAUGCUUCCUUUGUGUCGCGCCAUGAUUACAAGAGACGUUCCAUGGUUGAGGCUGUUUGGCCUGAAAUGCAAUAAACAUUACGCGGAAAGAAUGUAAUGAAAA